GGGCGCGAGUGCUUUUCUGUUAGAACUUUUGCUUUGCACAGCCAACACGCGUACAAUGUAGACUAUCGCGACAUAGUUGAGGCCUGUAACAUCAGGUGAGAAAUAAUGCAUCUGGCUCACUUCUUGCUUUUGAGGAUCGUCAAAACUGAAACCGUGCAGUACAAUAGACAAUAGUGGCUCAUUCGAAUAAUAAUGGUACCAUGAGUAAGGCACCACGGUGCUGGCACAAGUCAUGCUGUCGUGCUAUGGGGUACUUACAAGUUACCAUCACAGGCGCUUGGUUGCAUGCCGAUGCUGUCAAUGUACGGCAACCAGAUGUCAGUAAACCUACCAAAAGCACUGGACCGGCGUUUUCGAUCCGAUUAGAUGCGACCUGGGGACAGAUGCUACUGUUACACCGAUCAUAGUAUAGCAGUUGACCUUCUGCACCCAUCAGGAAUUCCUUCCGCUCAAGGUGUUGAAUACGAUUUUUAUCAACAAGGAAGAUCGGUUUGGACGCAGGCACGUCGCUUUCCUUGUGCAGGAAAUUUCUCGAAGGACUCCAUCAGAAUACUGGCAGUGUAAUAUAGGAACUCGAUCUCCAUCGGUGUCCUUACCUGUCCUGAAAAAUACAUCGGAGCGGUCAUGGUCGACUUUCGAAUUUCUGGGACCUGGACACGCGAGUUGGAUACCGCUAACCUUCAUUAUUUAGCGUUUCUUGUCGCGCGGAAAGCAUGUGGUAUUACCAUGAAUUAAGUGCUGCAAUCGUGCUUGGGGCAUUCAUGGGGGUGAAUAGUAGGCUAGGGACGCGGCUCGUACUCAAAAGCGGUGCUGUCCUUGUCCCUUAUUGUGACAUAUGCAACAUGGAUCAGAAAGCCAUCUCGAAGAGGGAAACGGUAUGGGAAGUUAUGGUAACACAUGACCUGAACGUCCACCCGGCGAAGAAAUACCGAACAGGCUUGAUUUAUGAAGACUAAAAUCCACCGUGGAAUAAGCUUGGAAAGAAAAUUCUACCACCAAUAUGUGGUUGUACGUGGUACAGAUGUGCAUCCCUGCAACGCGGCGAGAAAGAAGAUCAAACAAAUGCGUACAUUGUUGGUUCGUUACAGAUAUGAAACCUAUCAGUCUGCAACGAGCUUGAUGUUCUAUACAACUGUCACUGUGUU